AUGGUCGCGCAACCCAUUGGCACCAAGAAGACGCCCGUCACGUCGACGGCGAAGAAGACACCAGUAACAGCCCCAGUCAAGAAAGCACCUGUCAAGGCGCCAGCCGUUCAGCCUCCCAAGAAGCCUGUCAACACCGCCAUGCAGAAGAAGCCUGUGACCACAGCACCUAAGAAGCCCGUCACAAAUGUCGCAGCGAAGAAGCCCGUCACAGCUGUCGGUCAAAAGAAAGCUGUGCCAGCACCCGCAAAGAAGCCUGUUCAACAGCCACAGCAACAGGGUUGGAUCAACAAAGGUCUCAGUGCCGCAUCAUCAGGCAUUGGAAGUGCUGUCGGCGCCGCAACGACUGGUAUCGGCAAUGCUGCUGGUGCAGUCGUGACAGCGGCAGGCAGUGGUGUUGCUGGAGCAGGGAGAGGCGCUGGCGCAAGUAUUGCGAACUCAUCCCGCACUUGGGGCGACAUGGUCCGCGAGUAUGGCAACUCCCUCAAAGACAUCACUGGCGCUCCCGGUAGUCGGUCGACCACGAACAAGAAUCCUCUUGGCCUGAGCACAAGUGGCGUAGGGGGUAUGGCAUCCAUGGCUAGCAGGCCAGGUGUGCCUGGCCUUUCAGGAGGGUCCGGUAAGGGGGGUGGUUCGGCCAGCAAUCCUCUGGGCCUAUAA